AUUAAGUCUUCAAAUGAUUCAAAAACAAAACACUCGUAAGGUGUUGGUGUGUGUGAACGUACUUAAUAUUGUUGAGUUAAUUUUUGAAAGAAAAGUGUGAAGAAACCCCAUCAUGCCUGAGGGUCCCAGUGACCUAGAGCUGCGCCGGAGGCAGUUCAAACCCCAAAUGUCCACAGUACAAACUCGUCGUCAGCAAGCUGUUUGCGUUCGACGGGCUUACAAAAGAUACGGUACCAAAACCAACCCUUUUGUCAUUUUAGAGGGGUUGAAUAUGACCGUUCCGAAGGGUGCCAUAUAUGGGUUACUAGGGGCUAGUGGUUGCGGGAAAACCACCCUUCUGAACUGCAUCGUUGGGAGGAAGCGUCUGAAUUCCGGGGAAAUAUGGGUGUUGGGGGGCAAACCGGGAUCCAGGGGAAGUGGAGUGCCAGGACCACGAGUUGGGUACAUGCCACAGGAAAUCGCGCUGUAUGGCGAAUUCAGCAUCCGCGAAACCCUCAAAUACUUCGGCUGGAUCGCCGGAAAAACAACCGCCCAAGUCGAAGAAAAACUGGGAUUUCUAGUCAAUUUUCUGAUGUUGCCAGACGCCGACCGAUUAGUGAAAACCCUGAGUGGUGGCCAACAGCGGCGGGUUUCCUUAGCCGCCACUCUUGUUCAUGAACCAGAAUUGCUUAUCCUUGAUGAACCAACGGUGGGUGUUGACCCUUUGCUAAGACAGAACAUUUGGAACCACCUGGUGGAAAUCACGAAGACUGGAAGGACGACGGUCAUUAUUACCACUCACUACAUCGAUGAAGCGCGGCAAGCCCAUUUGAUCGGACUAAUGCGCGGCGGCUACUUCCUUGCCGAAGAAUCCCCCGACCGCUUAAUCACCCAGUUCGGUUGCGACAGCCUGGAGGGUGUCUUCCUCAAACUCAGCGUCAUCCAGAACAUGGGCAAAACGCGACGUGCCAGCAUCGCGCAAGCAGUCACUGAAACCAUCCAAGUCCCUUCAGGGUCCAUCAACGACGCCGCAGUUCUAGACGACGAAGUCAGCGAAAUCACAGGAGAAUUCGGAGACAACGUAUCAAUGUCAAGCAGAGGAAGAGUCUCCAUAGCGCCAGAACCAACCGAAAUCAGUCAUCCGGAACUUCCUCCAGACGAAAAACCACCAAUGACUGUGACAGACUUUUUCAAAAUCGUCAGCUUGACUCACAUGAGGGCUCUCAUCUGGAAGAACUUCCUGUGGAUGUGGCGGAACGCUCCAGUGAUGGCGUUUAUCAUAGGGUUGCCGGUGGCCCAAACGGUGCUGUUUUGUUUGUCCAUAGGGCACGAUCCCUCGGGGUUACCACUUGCGGUGGUCAAUCACGAGUUGGAGGAGAGUGAGGUGUGCAAGUGGACUCCGGGAUGUAAUAGUACGAGGCUGAGUUGUAACUAUUUGACGUAUUUGGAGAAGAGGACUUUGCAACUGAGUUACUAUUCGGAUGAUGAAGAAGGAAAGGUACCUGUGAGUCGGGGACACGCUUGGGCUACUUUGGUAUUUUCUAGUAACUUCUCGGACGCGAUUAGAAGGAGGAUUGAAGGUGGAAGAAAUGUGAUGGAUUGGGAUUUGGAUUCGGCGUCUGUAAAAGUCUUUCAGGACAAAUCUAACGAAAACAUCGGCUCUUUCAUCCAACGAGACUUGUACUUCGCCUUCCAAAGUUUCUUCACCGACUACUUGACCUCCUGCGACAUCGACAGCAAAAUCGGCUCCAUACCCCUACGAUGGGAAAAGCCGAUCUACGGUUACGACAGCCCCGACUUUACCGACUUCGCAGCACCAGGUGUCAUUCUCACGAUAAUAUUCUUCCUUGCCGUGGCUUUAACCUCCGGAGCCAUGCUCCUAGAGCGAAACGAAGGCAUCCUGGAACGCUCCCUCGUAAACGGAAUCAGUGGCAUCGAGCUGCUAUUCUCGCACGUUUUGACCCAGUUCGCGGUCAUGUUGGGACAAGCCGCCAUGGUCUUGGUUUGCACUUUUUCGAUUUUCGGGAUCACCCAGAACGGGAGCUUGUUUUGGGUUUCGAUUCUGAUUAUUUUGACCGGGCUUUGUGGGAUGUGCUUUGGGUUUGUGGUGGCGUGCAGUUGUGAGAAUGAAAGGUCGGCGACGUAUAUGGCUAUGGGUAGUUUCUUGCCCCUUGUUAUGUUGUGUGGGAUUGUUUGGCCCAUUGAAGGAAUGCAUAAAGUUCUUAAAAUUAUUACGUUUAUCUUGCCUUUGACGAAGUCGACGGAGAGUAUGAGGUGUAUGAUGGCGAGGGGGUGGACGAUUGAUUCUCCGGCGGUGUAUGAAGGGUUCGUUUCCACACUGGUGUGGAUUGUUAUAUUUUUAACGAUUAGUAUACUUUUGCUCAAGUUUAAGAAAGGGUGAGUUUUGUGAUGUUAGUCUAAGGUGUAGUUUAUAGGUUUCUAUACUUAAUUUAAUUGUUUUUAUUUAAUUAAAAUUAUGAAAUGGAA